GAGAGAGAGAGAGAGAGAGAUGCAGGGAGUGGGUACCACCAAGGAGGGAAAAUGGCUCUACCCUCUAUUGGGGGCAUCCAUUUUCACUCUCCUCCUCAUGCUCGUCUCAUCUUCUCGAUCUUCUUCUUCCCUCAAAACCUUCCGUGGCCUCCCAAACCAUUUGGGCCCCAAGCUCUUAGUUGCAGGUCCAAGCCCCCCUUCUCCCCCUUCCCUUGCUUACUUCAUUACAGGCUCUAAUGGUGAAGCUCAGAAAAUCUUUCGACUCCUUUUGGCUCUGUAUCACCCCAAUAACCAUUACCUUCUUCACCUGGACCUCUCUGCGACUGCACAAGAGCGAAGAGAUCUUGCUAUCAUGGUUCGGAAUGUUCCUGCUUUCGUGACUGCCCAAAACAUCAAUGUGGUUGGAAAAGCUGAUUUUGCUAACCAUAAGGGAUCAUCUGCCGUUGCCUCGACGCUUCAUGGCGCUGCUCUCUUGCUUCGAUAUGGUGGCGACUGGGACUGGUUUAUCAAUCUGUCGGCUUCUGAAUACCCUCUUGUAACUCAAGAUGAUCUUCUCCAUAUAUUGUCUUUUCUACCAAGGAAUCUCAACUUCAUUCAGCUUAGUAGUCAAAUUGGAAAGACAGAGUAUAAAAUGAUAAGGCCCGUUAUUGUUGAUCCAGGUCUUUACCUUUCAUCCGGAAGCGACAUAUUUUAUGCAACACAAAAGCGUCCCAUGCCAAAUGCUUACAAGAUUUUUACUGGUUCAGCAUCUAUUAUGUUGAGUCGUAAGUUCAUAGAGUUUUGCAUCAUGGGCAUAGAUAACUCUCCUAGGACCCUUCUCAUGUACUUCUCAAACAGCGUGGCAGCACAAGAGGCUUACUUCCAAACUGUGAUAUGCAAUGUCCGUAAAUUCAACACAACCAUUGUUAAUGAUGACAUGCACUAUGCUGCAUGGGACAAACCUAAAAAGUUGGAUCCCCGAACCUUAAGUUCCAAUGAUUUUGAUGAAAUGAUAAAAGAUGGUGCCCCCUUUGCUCGAAACUUUAACGAAAAUGAUCCAGUCCUGGAUCACAUUGAUAGAGAAGUCUUGCACCGAGGAGAGGGAAAAAUCGUGCCUGGUGGGUGGUGCAUAGGUGAAGGCAAAGAGGAUCCAUGCUCAGUUUGGGGUGAUGUCCAAAUUCUGAAGCCAGGUCCAGGUGCGAAAAGGUUAGAAGGUCAUCUGGUGAAAAUGUUCUCAAACUCGACUUUCAGGUCGAAUCGAUGUAUAUUUGAAUAAUGUGUUAUAUUUGUUUUUUUGUGCUGAUUGCAAAGGUUUUCCAGUUGGGUCUCAAUUGAUUUUUUUUCACCAUGAGAUUGAGCUUGUAUCAUUGUACAGAAUGCCUUGGUAAUGUAUAUUACCGACUCAAACUUGAGAGUUUGAGUCUGAGCCCUUCUCUAUCUAUUAAAAACGAAAAUAGAUGGAGUUUUGUUUGUAUUAUUGGUAUUCAAAUCCUUGGGGUUCAUUUUCUAUUAACCAUCAACCCACUAUUUGA